AUGCAUUCGGGCGGGGAAUCAGCCUUCGGGAUUUAACACAUAUGCAGGGCUGUUAUUAGUACUGAUCAUCUAAGACUCCAUAAAUGUUUGUUCGCCAAGUUAAAAAUGUAUUUGACCGAAGCAUCCAAACGCCUGUAAUAACUGCUCACGAUGGAGAGCUGCACACACGUUUUCCAGAUAUCUGGGCUCAAGAUCCUUGAUAAGAAGAGAGUUUUGGUCCAGAGAAUCCGGCAGCUGGGUGGAAAAUACAUAGGUGGCUCAGUCUAUCAACAGGCCAGCACCCAUCUCAUUAUCCCUCAGGUUUUGUCCAGCGAGAAGUUUUUGGCGGCCUGUGCUGCAGGAAAAUGGGUGGUGACUCCAGAAUAUGUGCUGGACAGUUUUAAGAAUGGCUCCUGGCUCGCAGAGGGACCCUAUGAAGUGUCCAUAUCCACAGGUGCCACAUCUUCCUUCUACCCUGUCAGGCAGUGGAGGGAGAAAGUGGCCAGUGGGAGGCUGGCAGGGGCCUUCCAAGGCUGGAGGGUCCUCCUCAUGGUCCAAGAGCCCACGCGCAGGGCCAUGUUCAAACGGCUCCUUAAAGCAGGCAAGGCCCAAGUAUACCACUGCCCUCCUUCCUCUCCUUCCUCUGUCACUCAUGUCAUGGCUAAACCCAUCACAGAGGACUCAAAAUACCACAAUGCUCCUUGCUACCCUGUAACCCACAUAGUCCAGCACCUUUUUGGGACCAAUUUUGUGGAUAUGAAAUUUGAUCUAACGGAUGAUCACCCACCUAAGAAGAAGAAGAAGACAGACAGUGUGGUUGAUGUUGACUUCUCAAAACUGGAGAGUGAGCUCAGGGAUUAUGUCAUCAAACAGGAGGGCCGGCCAAGAAUGUGCUUCCUUGAAUUUCUGGCUUACCAUGACCCUCACGGCCCACAGUCCCAGGCUACAAAAACAGACUUCAGCAAUGUGGGUAAUAUGAUAGAGUGUGGCCUCCUCAUUGAAGCCUUGGACUCAAUGAAAAGUGCUGUGUUCCCAGGCCGGCUACCACCAGCCCCAUACCUGGUCUCCCUCUUAGGAUAUGCACAGCAGGGUCAGGCCACAUCUUCAUACCAGAAUUUGCAGCAGGUCAUGUACAACCUGCUUAUUACCAACCCUCCCUGGCUGGCUCCCUGCAAAGUGAGAAAAUAUUUUUUCCAGGUGUUGCAGUGUCCUCGGUGUAAGGCGGGUCUCUGGCCUUUCCUAGAGACUGCCAUCAGUUAUUGCCUGUCCAGUGAGGUCUCUUGUCACCCACUCCCCGGACCUGCCCUGCCAACACUGUUACAAUUCCACAGUGACCUUCUGGCAUUUGUCCUCAAGCUUUUCCAGGGGGAACUCUACUCUGUCACUGCUGGGGAUUUUGUACUGCCUGAAAGAAGAGGAAUCUCUCAGGCUUUUGCUCCUGCAUCAGGAUCCUUGCUGUAUGCAACAUUCUGGACUGUGUGGGAGAGGUCCACGCUGUUGUCCCGAGCUGUGAAACAACUAACCAAGCUCUUGUUACAGGCUUUCAUUGAGGAUUGUGUUGAUAGGGAUGAGAAGCAAAAGCUGCGUUUGGCGGACAACCUGCUGGACCUGCUGUCCGUGUUGGUUGAGUUCUGGUGUCAGCAGCACUUCAAACUAAACCAGGCCCUGGUGGAAAAAGGUCUAAAAGACCUAGCUGAGCAUUUUGCUGUCAUCAGCCAGGAUGUGUCUCCGGUAGUGCUGGCAGAGCUAGUCGUCAGGAUUCACUCUCCCAGACUAAAAUUGGUGUUAGCAGAUGCCAUAUUAAGGAGUCUUUGCUGCAGAAAUGGAUUCACAGUUGGAGAUGAACCCCUCUCUUUUAAGAAAAUUGUGCUGUCCUACCUGCCUACUCUGGGAAGUUUAGCUCAGUGUCCCACCAGUGCUUGCCUCAGUACCGGACCCACUUCCCACAGCGGCACCAGCCAGGGGGGCGGCUGCAGCCUGGAGAAAGAGAACAUCCCCAGAGGUUUAAACAAAGUCAACGCAGCAGGAGAGACCCUCCUCCACAGAGCUUGCAAGAGGAACCAAGUGGAAACAGUGCUUCAGAUCCUAAGGCUUCCUGGCACAGACAUCAACGUUAAAGACCAUGCAGGCUGGACUGCUCUGCAUGAAGCGUGCAACCAUGGCAGCGCUGCGUGUGUUGAGGUUUUGCUACAACACCACCCUGCACCUAUACUUGAUAACCAGGUGGGCGGAAUCAGUCCUCUGCAUGACGCCGUGCUAAACGGACACAUGGACAUCGCCAAAAUGCUACUGGAGCAUGCAGGCUCGGUUCUCCUGCAGCAGACUGAUGGAAAUGGGAGAACUGCAUUGAAUCUGAUCUCUGAAACAAGUCAGAGGGAGGAGCUCCUCCACAGCGCGCAUGUCGGAGACUCAGCCCUGAGAAACUACUCGUCUGAAGUCUUGAACGUGCCCCUCCUGGAGGCCGCAUCUUCUCUGCUGGCUAACCUUAUCUUCACCUACCGUCGGGAGAAGGGCAUGCCUUGCUAUGCGCACCACGGCGACAGCCUGAACCACACGCUGGUCAGAGCCCUGGAGACACACUCCCAGCAAAAUCUGACUUUGGGCUGGACAGACCAGCGGGCAGUGAGGCUGGUGGAGGAUGCAGAGACACUGCUGGAGCUCGGCAGAGGGAGUUACCUGGGGCAGGUGUCUCAGGCAGUGAAAGAGUGCAAAGAAGAGAAUACACUAUUCCUAUUGGAGAUACUGGAGGAUUUUAAGUAUCGGGGGGAAAUGCUUCUCGCUGAUCGGUAAAUCAGAAUCAAUGCACAACAUAUUGUAAAUGCUUGAAUCAUGAAUGUGUAACAUGUGGUGGAAAUGCUAAAAGAAGAGGAUCUGUGUCUUUAUGGGUUUUAUUUAAAAGUUUAUAAUGAUGAACAAUAUAAAGAGGCCUUCAAAUGUGGAUGUAUUCCUCCACAAUGUGGCCUUCUUCUGUCUUCAUAUUCGGGUAAAUGGGUUGGAUGCUUUUCUUCAGUCAGCUGUAUUUUUGAUAGACCAUUUCAUACUUCUAAACACUGUAUUCUUAAAUCUAAAAUGUGUUGGUGUAUUUAUGUUGUGUGUGCUAAAUUGCUUUUUUUUUAGUGCUACACAAUUAUUUGUACUGUAUAGUUUGAUACUACCUCACGCUCUGGAUAUGUACAGCUAUUUUUACACGGAUUAAUGUUUUUUCACAUGUUAACUAAUUAUCACAAAUAAAACAAUUGUUCAAA